AUGGCGAAGCGAACGGUUCUCAUAAGCGGUUGUUCGGAGGGGAGUUUGGGCGCUGCACUUGCUAUUGCGUUCCAUAAUGCAGGUCUCCAUGUCUACGCCACGGCGCGCAAUCCAUCGAAGAUGAAAUCGCUCGAGGCGAUGGGGAUUUCGAUACUCACGCUUGAUGUGCUAUCAGCUUCCUCGAUCGCAGAGUGUGUUAAGCAAGUUCCUUCGCUGGAUAUACUGGUCAACAACGCUGGCGCUCUAUACGCUAUGCCGGUCUCAGAUAUGUCUAUCGACAAGGCAAAAGAGCUGUUCGAUUUGAAUGUGUGGUCUUACCUGGAAGUUCUACAAGCGUUUUUACCACUGUUGAUAGCAAGCAAAGGAAUGGUGGUCAACCAGACCAGUGUUUCAAGUUGCACGGUUAUACCCUUCCAAUCUGCAUACAACGCCUCAAAGGCCGCGAUGGCUAUGUUUUCCGAGUCGAUGCGGCUCGAACUCCAGCCUUUUGGGAUAACGGUGAUUGAGUUGAAGACCGGUAGUGUGACUUCGACUAUGUACGAUAGGAAUAAGGAUAUCAAGGGUUUGCCGGAUGGAAGCAUUUAUCUUCCUGCUAAGGAGGCGGUGGAGAAAGCGAUGAGGAAUGAGGAACUUGAGAAGAGUCUCAUGGAUCAGAAGGUUUGGGCCGAUCUGACGGUGAAGGAUCUGUUGAAACCCAAACCGGUACCGGUUAUUUGGAGGGGUACAAAUGCGGCGUUGGUUAGAUUGAGUACGGUGUUGCCGUUUGGAUGGUUUGACGGGAUGUUAAAGAAGAUGACUGGAUUAGAUGUUGUUGAAAAGGCGGUUGGUGGGAAGUGA